UGGGCGGAACUUCUGUCUGGAUAUCCUAAACCUGUUCAAAUGAUUGACGGACUUAGACUUGUUUACCUGACAUCCGCAACAGCACUGAACGAGUCCUGAAAGGAGGAAGAACAAUGUCCACAACCGACGUCUUCAUGUAUUUCGCGUUUGGGAGCAACUUGUUAAAGGAGAGACUGCAGCUGGCAAACUCGUCGGCGGUUUAUUACUGUAACGGUCGGCUGAAGGACUACAAACUCUGCUUUGGCCUGUGGGAUGAAAACAUUGACAACGCUUGGCAUGGUGGAGUGGCCAGCAUUGAGGCAUGCCCAGGGGCAGAGGUGUGGGGUGUGAUCUGGGCUUUGAGCAAAGAAAGCAUUUCAACUCUGGACAAUCAGGAAGGUGUGAAUUUAGGGAUGUACUCACCACUGGAAGUGUCAGUGGACACUGAUGAAGGAGCCGUCCUCUGCAGGACAUAUCAAAUGAACAACUUCCACGCCUGUCUUCCCUCCCCUCAGUACAAACAGGUGGUGUGUCUGGGGGCCCAGCAGAACAACAUCCCAGUAGAAUACAGGAAUAGGCUGGAGAUGGUUGAGACCAACAGCUACAGCGGCCCCUCAGUCCUGGAUCAACUCAGGACUCAGUGUAAAAGUUUAUUUUUAGACUUGAAAAUCAAGUAGCUGUUCCAUCAAGUAGAAAUGUUUAAUUGUAGUGAAGCUUAAGAACAACUCUGUUGUUUUCACGGCGAUCAACCAUCACAAUCAUAUUUGUGGCACUCACUGCCGUCAGAGGAAUUAGUUCUGACUUCAUCAGUGACUUUUAUUAGCUUGAUAUAACUUUAAUUUUAGCUGUAGGGUUGUUGACUGCGGGCUUUUUGAAUCACACGUUACUUUAUUUAUUGGUAUGGUAAAUUAAACAGUGGGUUAGACAAACA